AUGGCAGGGACAGGGACGGGCGAGUGUGAGGGUGGCGAGAGCCAGCCCGGCUCCACCAUGGAUUGUAGCUGCGUCUCCGACCUUCUCUUCGCCCCGCCCGCCCUGCCGGCUCUCUGGACCCCCGGAUUUGCCUUCCCGGACUGGGCCUACAAGCCGGAGUCUUCCCCUGGCUCCCGGCAGAUCCAGUUGUGGCACUUUAUCCUGGAGCUGCUGCAGAAGGAGGAAUAUCAGGGUGUCAUCGCCUGGCAGGGGGACUACGGCGAAUUUGUCAUCAAGGACCCCGACGAGGUGGCUCGGCUCUGGGGCAUCCGAAAAUGCAAGCCCCAUAUGAAUUAUGACAAGCUGAGCCGGGCCCUGCGCUAUUACUACAACAAGCGGAUUCUCCACAAGACCAAGGGGAAGCGAUUCACCUACAAGUUCAACUUCAGCAAAGUUGUACUUGUCAACUACCCCCUGCUGGACGUGGCAGCUGCUGCCACUGGCUCCCCACUCUUGCUGACCCCAGGUCCCUUUGGGGGCACUCCUGGACCAGAUGCUCCCCCCAUCACCCCUGAGACCCUGCAGACCCUGUUCUCUGCUCCACGGCUGGGAGAGCCAGGGGCCCGGACACCCCUGUUUACUCCUGAGACAGACAAACUGCGUCUGGAUAGUCCUUUCCCAUUCCUGGGCUCUGGUGCCACAGGUUAUUCCAAGCCCCCUGGCCUGCUGGGUCCCUAUGGCCGCGCCUUCCCCGAGUAUCCCUGGAACUUUAACCCGUAUCUCACUGGCCCCUUCCCCAAGCUGCCCCCCUCUCUCUAUCCCCCACACUUCUACCCUAACCCUCUGGCCAGUUCCCUGGGACACCUGCCCUCCGCAGGGGCAGGGGGAGGCCCUGCCACUGCACCUCUGCUGGUUACAACAGGGGAGGGUCCAGGUACGGAGCGCCCCUCAGGCCUGGCUAUGGCUCCCCGCCUGGCGCUGCCAGGGACUGGGGGCCCAGAGGCCACACUGGGCGGGAAGGACAGCGACUCAGAGCUGGAGAUCACGGAUGUCAGCGGCUGCAGCUCUGACAGUGAGGGUGAUGAGGGGUCCCCCGCGCCCCCCAAGGCCAAGGCAGGCAAAGGGGGCACCGGCAGCUGA